UUGGGGAAGAAAGAAUUCUGAUGCUCCUCAACAAUAUGUUUGUGGAAAAACAUAAAUGUUCUUAUUGAAAAUAUAUCGCACGUCCUUUUGCAUCUCCCUCAUGAGGAUCACGAAGUGCGCAUGCGCGUAGUAUGCGAGGCUCUGACUGAUUAGUGACAUAUACUACGCGCACGCGCAGUGCCGUCAGCGUUUCGGGGGGCGUUGCUGGCGUGCGGCAGAGGGGCGGGGCGAAGGUGGGUGUGUGGCUCAGCUGAUACACGCAUCCGCUGCCUAUCAUCAUCAUCAUCAUCCUCCUCCUCAUCAUCACCAGAGACCUAAUCCUGUCAAGAUACACACCGCUCGGUUUCAUGGACGCGACGCGACCGGCUCGGUGAAUGAACGCGGCUGAUGUGACGCGCGUCGCUGUCCGCGGUGCUGAAACAUGUGUGUCUGGAGGUCACAUGAUGACCCAUGCGGAGAGUAGCAGCGUUGAGUGACGCUCUGGUUCCCCAGCAUGGGCAGUGUGGGCAGCGGGGUGGCCGGUGAGCAGGAGUUUGCCAUGAAGAGCGUGGGCACGCGCACCACCCUUCCUCGUGGCCCUCCUCUGUCCCGCCGUGGCCCCUCCGACCGCAGCUGCAGCGCUGAGCGCCUCCACGCACCUCCCUCCACCUCCGAGGGCUCGAGUGAUGAGCGAGGCGGGAGCAGCACCACCACGGAUCGAGGCCAGCUCACCAUCGCUGCGUCUCGUCUCACUAACAGGGGCGAGCUGGACGGGACCGCAGCGGGCCGCCGGGACACACACAGAACCGGAGGAGGAGUGUCUCUGGAGGCUUGUGGAAACGUGGAGAAGAACCACGACGGUGCGACAGCGGUUAAGAGCAGAGACGGGAACAACGGCAAGAGAGACAGUCGCACGCCGCCCAAGAUCCUCACUGUGUCUGGGAAACUCGAGCAGAAUAAUUCCGCUCUGGUCCGUCCGUCCGCCUUCAAGCCCGUGGUUCCCAAGAGUUUUCACUCCAUGCAGAACCUGCUGGCUCAGUCUGGAGCUGGAGGACGAUCUGCCGGAAGCGGCGGAGGAUCUGACGCCCCGCAGUCCCUCUGUGAGCAGGACAGUCCGGAUCGGGACCCUUCGAGUGGAAACGACGGCCAGGGCGGCAUGUCCGACUCUGGGAGGAACUCUCUGACCAGCCUUCCUACCUACACGGGGCCCGGCAUGAGCUACGGUCCCUCCCAAUCGCUCGGACCCCUCAGUGCCUCCACCAGCCACAUCAACAGACUGAGCAGCACAGCGGCGCCGCUGGAGAAACCAGACAAACCCAAGUACCAGAACGGCCUGAGCGUGUCUGACAGCGGUCAGUCCUCGUCCGGGAAGAGCUGUUUAUCAUAUCAGAGACUCGCCACCAUCCAGCCAUCGCCCUCCACUGAUGACAUCAUCCAGGACCUGGAGGACCGACUCUGGGAGAAAGAGCAGGAGGUGAUCCACAUGCGGCGUAACCUGGACCAGAGCGAGGCGGCCAUCGUGCAGGUGUUCGAGGAGAAGCAGCACGUCUGGGAGCGAGAGAUGGAGGAGCUGAGGCAGAACUACGGCAGGCGUCUGCAGCAGGUGACCCACCGAGCCCAGCGCACACAGCAGGCUCUGCAGACACACAUCGCCCGUCUGCAGCAGGACAAGGGCCGGCUCCAGGAGGAGAUCAGCACCCUGCUCGCUCAGAGAGAGGAGCUGGAGAGGAGGUGUCUGGAUUACCGAAAGGAGCAGGCCGAUAUCCUGCCUCGCCUGGAGGAGACCAAGUGGGAGCUGUGUCAGAAGGCGGGCGAGAUCUCUCUGCUGAAGCAGCAGCUGCGAGAGAGUCAGAACGAGGUGACGCAGCGCGCCGGAGAGAUGGUGGCCCUCAGGGGUCAGCUGAAGGAGCUCAAGGGCCAGAUGAAGGAGCGUGAGGAGACCAUGAUCGGCCUGAAGGACUCGUACACCAACAAGAGCCACGAGCUGGACAGAUGUGAAGGAGAACUGAAGAGAACGCUGACAGAGGUGUCGAUGUUGCGUGACAAGCUGGUGGUGUUCGAGGCCGAGGUUCUGGGUCUGAAGCGGGCUCUGAGCGAGCUGAGCUGCCGGAGCGAUCACGCCGUGUGUCUGAGGGACAUCAGCGGCAGCAGCAGCUUACCGUGGACCGGCCUGCACUCGCCCCGAACGCCCGAACCCAUGUCCAUCGACAGCUUCCUCAGCCUGCAGAGCGACGAGGCCAAAGCGCAGCGGCAGGAGGCCGGAGAGCUGCGGAGACAGCUGGAGCGACUGCAGGGCGAGCUGCACCUGGAGCGACAGCAGAGAGAGAGGCAGGCGCUCACCUUCGCUCAGGAGAGACACACCUGGCAGGACGAGAAGGAGCGUGUGUUGAAAUACCAGGCGCAGCUGCAGAUCAGCUACGUGGAGACGCUGCAGAAGAACCAGGCGCUGGAGGAACGGGUCGGACAGCUCGGAGCCAAACAGGGCACCACGUCCGGAUCGCCCGGAUCGCCCGUGACCCUCUCCAUCCCCGUCCCAGUGACCCUCACUCUGUCCCCGGCCGCGGACGAUCCCAAACAUCAGCUGGCGCCUCCGUGGCCGGGACCGUCUCGCUUGGAGCGGAUCGAGUCCACAGAGAUCUAGACGUGAGACAAUCGACUUAAACGCACUAAAGAGGGCUGAGAUCAGGCUGUUACCGCAACAAAUGAAAGAAGAUUUUAAACCGUCUACUGAAUUUUGAGAUCUCUUUUGGUUAUAUGGAGGGAGAUAUUUCAUCAGUCCAUCUAGGCCAAAAGUUUAAAAAAAUUAGGAUUUGAUACUGUUUCGAAAGAGUCUAAGCAAAGCUGCAUUUGUACAGUAAAAAUUGUGGCAUGUUAUUAAGAUUUUAAAUGAAUGUUUUCUGUGUGAAAAAGUGUAAUUUAUUUCUGUGAUUCUCCGCU